GCUAUCAUGACGACACAUAACCUCAAUUGCCAAAAUGUCUAUGUGUUUUGUGUUUUGGCGCCGGGAUUUCUCACGAAAUUAUGGAAUAUGAGUGUCACUGUGGGAAAAAUUACCUAUUUGUAGAUCCUCUGUGUCAGGGAAGUGUAAUUGAGAAGCUGGAAGAAAUUAUUGGGGGAAUAGUUCAAGAGGAACAUGACAAAACUGAUGAAUCUUUGGCAAUCAUAAGCACAGUGAUCAGCUCAGUUUCCUCAAUUGCGAAUUAUCUGCCGGAUCUUGGAGAGAACUACGUGACAUCACUUACCAUGGAAAUCCCCAUUGAUGCAGAAUCAAUUCCCUAUUUUAUGGACCAUCCAAUUCUGAGGGAAGCACAGAAUUCCCCAUCUUCAAUCGAGGAUGAUACCUGCAAAAAGUGCCAGAUAAUUGACCACAGAGUAUCUAUAAUCCUGAGUUUUGGAUUCUUCCUGUUGGGCCUGAAACGCUACACGGAAACAGACCUCAUAAGAAAAAUCAUCUACCUUUUGUGUCCCUUCAGGAGAAAACAUCCAGAAAUUGUGAAUUUCUUCGAUCAACUCUGGAAACUCUCGCUGAAAAACAAAUUGUGUUCAUCACUUGUCGAUCACAUCGUGAUAUUUCACUGCCAUCCCAUAGAUGAGACCAUUGAGAACCUUCUCAAAGGACUGGAAUCUAAUGAAAUUCUCCUAAACUUGCUGAUUUACAACCAAGAGUACCUGGAUCUUGCAAAAAGUGCCAGGAAAUCGACAAAAGUCUUCAAUAGGGUGACUGAGAAUAUUGUCAAGAAAUUCCUGCUGACUCGGAAAAUACUUUUGAGGGAUUUUUUGACCUAUUUCGUGGAGGAUUUGAGGAAUACCGUUCUUCCCACCUUCUAUCUCAGACUGUUCAGUGAUGUUUUGUACCCAUUUGCCGCCUUUGCCGUGGCUGAUUUUCUGGAUAAACCCCUUCUUGACCACUAUCUCGAGGAGCUUAGAACCCAGAAUUACAAGAAGUACAUUGAACUUGGAUUGUCACACAAAAUCUUCCACUAUUUAACUGACCAUUUAAUAAAUUAAAUUAAAUAAAAACAAAAAA